CCCCUAUUUGACGAAGCGGGCGCCAUAUUUAUCCGUCGAGCCACUUCUUGUUGUUUAUUGCCCAAUAUUUAUGCAAAAUGGCAGUUUGAAACGGAUAUAAGAUGCAAAAAUGACAAGAAAGCGAUGGCUGUGGCGAUAUUCACCCCUCGUCCAAACUCGCAGGACUUUCAAGAAAGGCGAAUUCAACUCACAGAGUCCGUAAAGAUCGGCCGUUCCGUGGCGAAGGUUAAAUCUGCCGCCAACAAUCUUAUUUUCGACUGCAAAGUUUUGUCAAGAAAUCAUGCUAUCAUUUGGUAUGAGGGAGGAAAGUUCUUUCUGCAAGAUACAAAGAGUAGUAAUGGCACAUUCAUAAACAAUGUUCGUCUCAGCAAAGGCGCCGAAGAAAGUGAUCCAAAGGAAAUAUUUUCUGGUGAUAUUGUGCAGUUUGGAGUAGAAGUUGUUGAAAAUUCUAAACGAGGAGCAGUAACCCAUGGGUGUAUAAUAGCCACCUUGACACUAUUUGGUCCUGAUGGUAGUGAAGCUACUCCAGGUUCACCCUCAGGGACAGGUGGUGGAGUUGUUCAGUCAUAUGAACUCUGGCAGCUUUCACAGUACAUCCAGGAUGCUUUACAUCGUGAACAAAUCCUUGAAAAUAAAAUAGUGACACUACAGCGGAUCAUUGCUGAUGCACAAACCACCACUGGGGAGACUUUUGAGAGCAUCAUUCAAGAGGAUAAACUCUUAACAAGAUUGGAGACUCUUGAAAACCACUUAGAUGUUGUCACAAAGAACUGUACAGAAGAUGAGUUAAAACAAGAAAUUUCAAGACUCCAUGAUGACAAGAACAAAUAUGAAAUGGCUGCGAAAGAAGGACUACGGAGAAUAACUGAGGAAAAGUUGAAAGCAAUUGAGAAAAUUUCACAGCUUGAAAAAUCGUACAGCAAUGCUGAAGACGAAUGUAGUCAUUAUCAAUCUCUUUAUGAAAGAGCUCAGGAGGAACUGGAAGAUUUGGCUGCAAAACAUGCGCAGAGGCUGGAAGAAAUGAAAACUCUGAGAGAACAACUAGAAAAGUCCGAACGAAGACAUGCCGCCGCUGAUGAGCAGAUGAAUAAAGAGCGUGAAAGUACUAAUGAAAAGCUGAAUGUCGCAUCUAAGAAAGAACAAGAAUAUAUUUCUCGGUUGGAAUCACUGCAAGCAGAAUGUGAUUUUCGAAAAGAACAGCUGGUUGCAAUGCGCGCUCAAAUGGAGAAACGGACCGAAGAAAUGUCGAAGAAAAAGGUUCAUCAAAACCACAAACAAAAUGUUAACAAAGAAAACUCGGACGAUGUAUCGCUGGUCGAAGAAACGAUACAAGUUCUAAAAGAAAAACUACAACGAUUACAUGACGAAUCGAAAACGAAACAAGAAAAUGUCAAUCGACUUAAAGGCAAGCUCGAUGAAUACGAGAACAAAGAUGACGAGACAGAACUACCUUCUUUGAAAAAUGAACUAUCGAACUCUGAGCAGGAUCUAAAAUAUGUUCAAGAAGAGAUUGGGGAAUUAGAAGAGCAAUUAAUGUCUUGUCAUCUAAAAGCAAUCGAUAAUCUGGAUAAUUCCGAUCACAGCAACAGUCUUAUUGUAAAUAAAGAAAGUCAUGAAUGCAAUACAGAACUUUCAAAUCAUUUGGAAUAUGCCGAAACAAACACAAAUUACGACGUCGAUAUGCUGGAUGACUUAGAAGCUGAGCUUCAAAAUAUUAAAAAUCAACUCUGCCGAUACAGUGGCAAACCGGACAGGGAAGAACUACCAUUGGGUCAUUCAAAUGAUAAUGAAGGUCGAAGAAGUGAACUGAUUUUGCUGAAGUGUAUGCGACAUAUACAGUUUAUUAAGGAUGAGAUGGCUUGUUACAAAGAACUAGUUUCCAGUCGCAAUUACACAAUUACAGCAUUGUCAGAUGGUCAAAAUGAUUCAGGGGAACAGACCAUAGAAGAGCUUCGAGAUCAACUACGAACAGCUGAAAGCAAAGCAUCUGAAGUUAAACAAGAAAUUUUUGCUCUUCGGGACAAGUUGCUGGAAGAACAGGAAACUGCUCGAGGUCGCGAGGAAACCAUCGCCCAGUUACACCAACAAAUGGAGGAGCUUACACGAAGUAGAAGUCUGACUGAACUCGAGAAGACCACUGAACAUCGUGUUGCAGAGUCAGCAAAGAGCACAGCGAAACACAUGCAGAAACAGGCGGCAAUUAGCGCUGAGAAAGCAUCGAAAAAUAAAGUUAAACUGAGAACGUUACAAGAAGAAAACAAAUUUCUGCUUCAAAAAGUACAGACAUUGGAAAGCGAAUUGAAAUGGUCGAAAAAGGAGAAAAAGCGUCUAACAUCUGAAAGAGAGAAACGUGACCCUACUCAAUUCAAUCACAAAAACAGCUCGACCAACGUUGUUUCCAGACAGGUUUCGCAAGAGCAUGUAACAAAUGCUGUAGAAGAUCUUUCUCAAAAUAAAGAUAGCGCAAAAAGAAUCGAUGUUCUUGAUGAGCAAAACUCGAGACUGAAAUAUUUCCUACUUCCCGUAUUCUUUUUUCUUCUGGCAAUGCUUGUAUCCUUUGCAUUUGGCAUAAUUGGCUCAUCCCAAGAUGACAGCAGUCAAAACAGCGAAUAGUGACCCUCCGUGUUGUAUUGCUCAGCGAUACUGUAACGUGUAUCUUAACAUCUCUAUCCGAAGUGUUCAAAUGAUCGCUAUCUUCCUUUCUCUUACCAUACCACUCUUUCCUAUAUCACCCUGCAUGGUGUCUGUAAUGUUAAGAUACACAUUAAAGACUGAAACAUAUAUUUAUGCCUACUGCCCAGGAAAGUCAGUAAAACUGACAGUUACGAAUGAUCAUCAGGGCUCAUUAUAAUGGCCGACAGGUCUCACGUUUACCUCGAUUAAAAUCUUUUAUGACCGCAAGAAUAUUGAAAAAGUUAUAUUAGUGCAAAAAAGUAGUUUCGAGAAAUAGCUGCUAUUUUUGUAUUAUGUAUUGUAACAAGACGUUAGCAAUCGCAGACGGUAUAAUCGGGUAGCGUUAUCUAGAGUCCGUGUUUUCUAAGAAAUCAUCGUGUGUGCGGAAGUAUAUCGACACAAUGAAAGCUCACCGGAGGCUAGAUGUUCGAAAAAUGAAUAAUGAAAAAGCACAAUUUGAAAUUUAAAAUUUGAAGGGUUGAUUGAAAAUGUUGUCGCUCAAAGUUGUCGGUGAGGUGAAAAAAGUACCAAUUUUGGACGGCCAUUGUCUUUCAAUCAGCCGUUACAUUGAGUCCGGACCAUUUGCCAAAAAUCACAACGAGGCUAUCACUGUAAAUAUAGCGUUUACUACAUACGAUUACAGGGCUUAAACUGGGAGUAUUUAGGAUUUGUUACAUACAAUAUUUCAAACUUAUCAAGUUUGUACAAGUUAUUUAAUUGUAAUCAUAUAUGACAUUGAUAUUAUUUUUGAAAUUGUACAUUAUGAAAUAGGUGAACUUUACAAAAUGCCGCUCAUAAAAUUCCGAAAGUUGUUCAGUGUUUUUGGAAGAGUAGAAUUAGCUAGAGGGAGCGUCUCGCUGGUAGGUUUUGUUUUUAUAAGUGAGAUGUGAAUAGGGAUGUUAAAAAAUGUAUGGUU